AACAAAAGCCUUUUUUUGCACGCAAAAAAGAAAAAAAAUAUAUAAAAGACAGACAAAGCAAGUGUAAAAGGACAAUUCAAUUGAUCAACUCUCUUUAGAUUGGCUCUUCAGUUGGUAAACUGAAAAAGGAGGAUUGACAAAGGGGAGAACUAAGUUAUAGAUUGUAUGAAAAAGAAUUAUGUUACUGGGGUUUUAGAUUGAGGGUUUUAAGUGGAAAUCAUAUAUUUGAUGAAAUUUAAGUAGUUAGUGUACAUAAUGAGUGGGAUCCAAACUGAUUCUAAUGCUUGUAAUGAUGGGGAUGCCCUUAGUGGAACUACUGCAAGACAAGGUUGUAGUAAGAAUUCUGAUUAUGUUGAUCAUGAUAUUGCUCAACUCACAAACCUUAGAUCAGGACCCCAUGAACUUUUGUCCCGGGGUGUGCCGGGCGGGAAGAAACUACCUGUUUCAACAUUGAAAAUGUUGGUUGGUCGAGAGGGUAAUUAUACGGGAAGAGGUCGAUUCUCAUUGGCUGAUUGUUGUCAUGUUUUAAGCCGGUAUUUGCCUGUCAAUGGUCCUUGGUGGGUGGAUCGGAUGCAAAGUCGAGCAUAUGUGUCUCAGUUUUCAGCUGAUGGAUCUCUUUUCGUUGCUGGAUUCCAGCAAAACCACAUUAGGAUAUAUAAUGUGGACAAGGGAUGGAAAAUUCAGAAGGACAUCCUUGCAAAAAGCUUGAGAUGGACGAUUACUGAUACCUCUCUUUCACCAGAUCAACGUUUUCUUGUGUAUUCUAGUUUAUCCUCUAUUGUACACAUUGUGAAUGUUGGAUCUGCUGCAACAGAGUCAGUUGCAAACAUCACAGAGAUUCAUGAUGGUUUGGAUUUUUCUCAUGAUGAUUAUGAUGACGAUGAUGAGGAUGAGGAUGAAUUAGGAAUUUUCUCUGUGAAAUUUUCUACUGAUGGAAGAGAGCUUGUAGCUGCAAGUAGUGAUAAGUCUAUAUAUGUUUAUGAUCUUGAGGCAAAAAGACCUAGCCUCCGAAUCCCAGCUCAUAAGUCUGAUGUCAACACUGUGUGCUUUGCGGAUGAAACUGGGCAUCUCAUAUUUUCUGGCAGCGAUGAUCAUCUAUGUAAGGUGUGGGACAGGCGUUGCUUUGUCACUAAAGGAAAAGCAGCUGGGGUCUUGAUGGGGCAUCUAGAGGGGAUUACAUUCAUUGAUAGCCAUGGAGAUGGCCGAUAUUUCAUUUCAAAUGGAAAAGAUCAGACCACAAAACUCUGGGAUAUUCGAAAGAUGUCCUCCAAUGCCACAUGCACUCCAAGGUUAAGAUUUUCUGACUGGGACUACAGAUGGAUGGAUUACCCAACUCGUGCAAGAGCCCUGAAACAUCUCCAUGAUCAGUCAUUGGCAACAUACAAAGGCCAUUCGGUGUUGCGUACUUUGAUUCGUUGUUACUUCUCUCCAGCAUAUAGCACUGGCCAGAAGUACAUUUACACUGGCUCUAGUGAUGGUUCUCUUUAUAUAUAUGAUCUGGUGACCAGAGCUCUGGUAGCGCGUCGUCACCAUCAUAAAGCUCCAGUGAGAGAUUGUAGUUGGCAUCCAUUCUAUCCAAUGAUCAUCACCUCCUCCUGGGAUGGUGUCAUUGCUAGAUGGGAAUUUCCUGGGAGCAACGAAGAACCCUCACGAUGGGAGCCAAUCAGGGAAGACCAUGCUUUUGAAGAUUGAUUGCAAUUGUUUCUACCAAAUACAGGUUAUAUUUAACGCUCUUUCCUGCCUUCUGGGUAACUCAGUUUGUAUAGGUAAAAUUCGUAAAGAUUUCUCUUGUUUAAUUCAGGACAUGGUAAAUUUGUGUAAAACCUUCUUGUUUGACCACACAAAUGUCUCUAGUUUCAGCUUCUUGCUUCCUCUA